AUGUUGCUUCAGAGAAUGGCAUAUAGGCUGUUCUUACUAUGCCUCACGUUAUGGACGACACUGCUUACCUUUGCCAACGCCCAACAGCAGCAAACCAAGAACGUCACGUCAGAGAUCCUCAACUUUGUGCCGCAGUGCGCUCAGGAGUGUUUCCGGUCGUUUAUUGCGGCGAACUUCGACUCGAGGAUAUGCGGGAACUCGCCGUCGCUGCAAUGUUUGUGCCGGCAGACAGGGUUGUCAGGGUAUACGGUGGGAGAGGGUGCAGUGUCGUGUAUAAUUGGGGAAAGUCAGUUGGGGUCUUGUCAGGGGAGGGAUUCUACCAGCGAUACGACUACGACGGCUUAUAACAUGUGUGUGGGCGUGUCGAAGGCGGCGCCGAGGACACACGAGACUCUUACAGCUACCUUGAUUCGGCCUACUGGGACAGGAGGUCUGAUUGUACCCACACCAUCGCCGACAAGAUCAGUCACCGGCACUGCGACAUCAACAACAGCAAGCACCACGUCGACCUUUGCUUCUCGAACACGACCUCCAAUUGCUACGGCCAGCGACCCGAACGAGACGUUCAUCCCCGCUGACCCCUCAGCAACACCAACCGCCCCCCCCGUUGCUUCAAAUCCUCAGCCAACCUUGAGCACCGGCCAGGUUGUUGGGAUUGUAGUAGGAUGCGUUGCCAUGGUGCUGCUGGGAGUUGGACUGAUCUUCCUGGCCAGGUGUAUUCGGCGGAGAAGAUAUGGAGAUCUGGAAGGGGGUGACUCUGGGUUCGCAAAGAUGAAAGAGUCUCCAAACAAUGGAAGGGCCAGCGUGUUUCCUGGUCUUCAAAUUUCGAGUCCGUUGGCUCGGAUUCCAGCGGAAAGGGACCCCAACGAUCCACGAUGGAAUUCGACUCCGGCUCUUACUCCGGCAGUCAGCAACGCCAACUCGGAGAGACGGGUUCCAGGUGUUGGUGUCGGCUUGAACGCAUCUUUGUUUGCGAACGCUACGAUGGUGCCUUCCCCGAAGCCAGCUCGCACUGCUUCCCCGAAGGUUCAGGCUCAGAAUAGUGUUCCAAAGGUGGUUUUGAGCCCACCUGCUCCGGCACAACCACAACCACAAGGGAGCCCGCCGAAGCCGACGUUGACUCUCGCUAUUCCGCGACCACAAGAGCGCAUGUAUCGAGUUCCUGCCAGCCGGACCGAUAGUGUUGUCACCGAAUUUGCCGAGGAUGGAGAGGUCGAGACGGCGAAAACAGCAAAGACUUCUGUCUGGAGGCCACCACCGAGCGAUCCUCAGUCUGCGACAGCCAUGUACUUUGCUGAUAAGGGAGGCAAUUGGGUGUUGCGGAAUACACCGUCGCAAAGGCCGGAGCAGAGACCGGAACAGAGGCCUGAGCCUUCUGUCAACAAGAACAAGGCCGUGCCUCCACUGCCGAAGCCCCAGCAGGCUUCCGUUCCUCUCGCUCAGGCCGAGCUCCCAAGCCCUGACUUGCACAAGACGAGAGCUGAAAGGGCCAAGGAUGCCUACGUGAUGUUUUCACCAAACGCCUUGGUGUCACCUCUGAGAAUUCCUUCCAAGGAAAGCGCGAAGAUGCUCGGGUCUCCCAUCGCAUUCAAGGACCAACGCCGCGAGCCGCAAGUUUCGAGGCAAAAUCCUGCCAAUAGGUCUUCGCAGACUGCCGAGACUCUCAUCAGCUCUCCUGAGUUGGGAAGGAAACAGGGCAAGCAGCCGGAUACAUACUUUGAUGUGAUGCGGGAAGGGCGGGAGCUGACUGGCGAUCGGAGCAAGAGGCGGUCAAUGAGGAGGGCUAAUCGGAGGAACUCUCAGGAAGGGGCACAGACACCUGUGCGGUCACCAUAUGAGGAUGACGCUGUUAUUGAGGAUGAGAUGCAAGUGGACUUGUCGCCUGUGGUGGAAUCGCCCAAUACGCCUAUCUCGCCGGGGAAGUCUCCUGUCUCUUACCCAAAGAUCAGGAAACGCACCGAGGCUGCUCAGGUACCGCCUGUUCCUGAGAGAGCCGAUAGGAAUAGUAGAAGCAGCAGGGGAUCAGACUUGCUUCCGCGAGGACACCAGUACAAUGUCUGGCACCCAGGGCAUUCAAUGCCAGCUGCUCCCCAAGGGCCCAAACGGCCAACAUAUGGCGCCAGUCUCAACCCAGUGCCAGUGCGCAAUCCAGCGCAGAUGAGGACUGGAUCCCCUGACACUCGCGGGGGACCUACCAUUGAGGACCAGUAUUUCCGCAGCCAGAAGAGGUUGUCAAACCCAGCUUCAUACUGGGGAGGGCCAUCAUCAUCCCAACCCCGACCUGCGCAGCAAACUCGGCCACCGUAUGAUCCCCGCCAGCAGCCGCAACAACAACAACAACGACCAAAUCCUCAGCAACAGCAACGGCCCUACCCCCAACAACAACAACAAUACCUCCAACCCCAACAACGCCGCCCUCAACAACCACAACAAUACUCCCAACCCCCACCUUACUCCCAACCCCCUUACCCGCAACAAUACCUCUCUCGACCACAACAACAACAACAACAACAACAACAACAACAACAACAAUACAAACCUUACAUCCCCCCGUCUUACCCCUCCCCAGCAGGAGCAACAUCUUCUUCUCAAACCCCCAUCGACAGCGCAGUAGCCAUGUCCAAUCCAGGGGGCUCAAAUUCGGCCCACAGCAGCCAGUCCUCCUUGCUGCUGGCUAAACGCCGAGGUCCGGACAGGGCAGCGGCGUUGACGCUGGCGAACGCGGGUGAUUCCUACCAGAAAAAGGCACAGAGGACAAACUGGCAAAGGCAGGAUCCGGAUGAGCUGCCGCCAAUUACGCCGGGGUGGGUGCCUGAGUUGACGCCUACGAGGAGGGGGGAUGAUUUGUUUCUGAAUGUGAGGUAA